AUGCGCAUCGUUGCUGUGAUUGCCGCCUUUGCAGCCGCACAAGCUUCCUUUCUGGAAAGCAUCGAACCGCAGCUGCCAGGCUCGUUUUGCUCGCCAUGCGUGCAGUUGGGAAACCAGGGUAUUUCAACGCUUUUGAACUACUUGCUGAAUGCCGGUGUGGUCUCCAGUUGCUCCAAGCUUUGCAGCCAUUUGGACACCAAGAUGGAGAAGACCGCUUGCAAUUUGGCAUGCGAUUUAGUGGGAAUCAAGGCCUUCAUUUCUGCACUGAACCACACCGACCUUGAUCCUAUUUACUUCUGCGAGGUGAUCACUGCUUGUCCAGCAGGUCCAGAUGAUGCGGAUGCCAAGGUGCUGAAAGCAGAGGCAAGCCCGAGCUCCGUGUCCAAGGGUGAUACUGUUCAGUUGCUUUGCGACCUCAAUGUCACCAAAGCAUCUGGCGUUGGUGAGUACAGAGUUGCAGUUCGGGGUCCGGUGAAGGGGGACGUUGGCGAAGGCUUUUUGCUUCCCAAGGGCCUGGAUGUUGGCGCGCAGCAGCUGGGAGUUGAGCUCAAGGUGAAGGACCACACAUCUGGAGAUGAGCCGGUGGUUUGGCAACCAGGAGACUACGAGUUUGACAUUGAGGUUUGUCAGGGCGAAUGUGGAACAGACCUCAGAGAUCCUGAGAGCGAGAGGCUUGCCAAAGAUGAAGCCCGUGGUUUUCCAACCACUUUGCCACCGAUGCCACCACAACCACGCCACACCGUAGAGGAAUCAUCCGACUCAGAUGACGGGACAGACUCUUCCAGUGAAAACAGCAUUGAGGACCUCCGCAUAGAAAUAGCUCAAAAGUCAGCUGCUCGUGCUCGCAAAGGAGCAGUAGAGGAGCCACCUGACGAAGAAGACUCGCCCGCAGAAUCUGAGGAUGAUAAGAAACUGGCACCAUUGAUCACUGCAACUCGUAUUUGCAGCCGGCGGGAGCUCUCACGUUGCAUCCGCCGUGAGCGGAAGAAGCUUCAGAUCGUUCUUGCAGCACUGAUCUUUACAGUCCUACUGUUUCUCAUGAGCACCUUGUGGUUUUUGGAGACAAAAGCUCCGAAACCGGAAGCGCGCUACAGAACAGAGGACAUUCCUCAAAAUGCGUGGCUGGCUGCUGGCUGGGGGCUACCACCAGUGGUCCGUGAGCAGCGAGCCAGACCUUUGAAGCCAACUGAGUUUCACUGA